AUGUCCACUGCCGAUCCAGUCGCUGCAGGCGUGGAUGGCGUGGGCGCGGCGGGUAGGGUCCGACCUAAUAGCAACGACAAAAACACCCAGCCCAGCGCCCGUAAAUCCGCGAACAAGAAGAAGACGCAGAAGAAGACGCAGAAGAAGAAGGCUCCUCCCAUCGGCGAGGCGCGUGACUUCCCCUGCCGCCCCUGUGUUACUCGCGCUGCAAAGAGCCCCGGGCAUGAGUGUACCUCUCAGAACAAUACUGGUGCUGCUUGCUGGGACUGCGCAAGGAACGGCCAUACCUGCAGGCCUGUCCCCACCGGCGCUGUCGCUGCGGUGCGUGCCUUCUGGGAAUUGAAUCGGCAGAUCGACGAUGCAAAUAAAGAUCCAGGCGAUGGCUGGCGCUCUGCUGCUCAUCGUGCAGCACAGCAGCUGCGUGGUUGCGGUGCCACUAUCAACCAUAGCCCUGCUGCCGCUCAAGCUUGCGCUCCUGCUUUGGCUCCCCGCGGUGAAGCAGGUGAAAUGACGCUUGAGGAGCGAAAGGUUGCGGCGCUGGAGGUCAUCGCUGAGGCUGCUCGACUCUGGACUCAGUUCAACAAGCCGGACGAGGAAGACAGCAUUGAAGAGGAGGAAGAGAAUUGAGCGUUAAUAUUGUCAAUAAAGGAGGCGGUUAGCCCUUUUGUAGAGGGACUUUGUCCGAGAUAAGGGAUGAUGCUAUUCCGUGCUGGUUCGCUGCGGUCUCGCUGCUCUUGCUGCUGUUGUCUACUAAGUCUAAAUUCAAUAAGGUUGUGCGUAAAAGUACAUAGCUCAAUGUACUGUGGGGCGGAUGUUUAUUUAUGCAG